AUGCUUUUCGCAAUCGCCUCAUUCUCGACCCGCCGAAUCAUAGCGACGCAACUUGCGACAGUGCAAGCGCAGCCUACUGUUCGCCCCGUCUGCGAAGAUAUCGAGCGACUCGAGGUCAAGUCGGCCGACAUGCACCGUUGGCCUUACGAGGAAUUCUCAGUAAAGGGCGGUACACUCAAGGAAGUCGCUGAGAGUAGAAGCUGUGUGUUCUGUACUUUUGUGUGGAGACUGUUUGCUCAGUCUCCUCCAGAAGGCCUCAAGUGGCCCCCUGAUGAUGAUGAGAAAGUUACAAUCAGGGUCAGGAAACAGUGGCGGGAUUGUUUGAGGAUCUCUAUUGUUUCUGAUCUUGCAACUGAAGAAGAAUUUGAAAUGCGCUGGGAAAAGCAAUAUGCCAGGAGGGGGCGAAAUGCUGCGGAUAUGGAAAAGGAGAUGCUCGUGGGCCCUUUCAUCUGUAACAAACAUACUACGACCCUGGAGGUGACGAUCUGGUCUACAUCAAACGCCGACGAGUCGACGGGCCAGGUCUCGUCCGGCUUCGUCACGCUCGACGGACACCUUGUUCGCGGCCUACGGCUAAGCAUCAUGCAGGGCAUCUACGAGGGCGGCGACGUCAAGGAAAUGUGUUUCCUGAGACUUGCUAAGACAGAUGGGGAUCUGAUCCUACCGAGGUCUUGGUGUUGCUUUUGGGGACGGGGGAUUUUGUUCCGGAGAAAGGGGGCUUAUGGGACGGUUGAUGGCUUGAGCAAUCUGGUGAAGAUGUCGUGGAAGAUUUCGGGCGAGAGGGGAAUUGCUGAGGUGAGUGAGGAAGAUACAGGUGUUGCGGCCAGCUCGCCGGCAUGCGAUCUACAGAGCGAGUUGGUUGAAGCCUUUGUGGAAGACACGGAAUACCCUCGCUUCACGACAUUCUCGAUCCUGAAGGAGUCGAAGAAGGAGAAGUGCAAGUACAAGAGGCUGGGUCGUUUUGAUGUCUGGGGUAGGAAUGAUAUCGGUGUAGCUUAA